UUUUCCCCAGAAAAGAGAAAAAGCCAUGGCUGUUUUGAAGAGCUCAUAUAGUUACUCAAAGGUGAACAAAGAAGACCCAGACGAGAUUAUCCAUCGACGAGCUCAGUUCCUGAUAAACAAAGUGCUGGAACAAGCAGAUUCCAGAAGAAAACCAUCGUUCAUACGAAUCAGAUUGAGUAGGCUGAAGCUGAAGAUCGGGAGAAAAUUAAAGAAGCUAAGGAAAGCUGCGAUGGUUAGUGUUCCUGGUUUAAGAAUCGGCGUUUACAAACAGGUUUUGAAUCAGAUGAAAACUUGGACACGUUUGUUUAACCGUGGCCAUGAUGAUCGUGGAACAACCAUUGCCACGUUUCGUCGUCCUUUGCUCACUUAAAAACAUUAUAUACAUACACACACAUGUAUACGAGAAUGAUCGCGUCGUUUUCAUUUUGGAAUAACAAGUUCUUGUUGCUUUUUUUA